GAACGAGAAGCAGACCUGUGGCGGCCCGUGGAUCAGGGUGCGGCCCGGCCUGGGUGCCAAAGCACUGGGCCCGUGUCCACCGAAAGGACUGCGCCUGCAGCAACCGUGGGAGUGGCUCUGGAGGCAGGCCACAGGUUGGAGAUCGCUGUCUGUGCCCGGUUUCCAGCACAGAAAGGCACAGGUCCUUCCCAGUCCCGGUCAGCAGGUGGCGAAGGUCACGUGAGGAAGGCGUUGCCCUUUUACCAGCUCCAUCUGCACUCGUCCUAUGGUCCUUGUCAUCGCUGUUCUCAUUCACCCUUUAAGGAACUGAUACUGGAGGCCCCGUGACUUGCCCAAGGCCCUCCCCGAUCCCUGGGGACACUUGCACUUAGGGGACAGAUUCCUCACAGCGAGGCCUCUAGUUUGAAAUCCAAGGAAGCGCCGAGGCGGGCAUUCUGAGCCGCUUCCUGGAGAUGCUGCCUCCUGCACUGCCAAACGCAGCUGCCUGUCUGCUUGAGGAUGUGGCUGCUUCUCCCUAAAAGCGAUGCCCCAGGACCCUGUGCGUAGACUGCAGCUCCACCCUCACCAUGCUGCCCACGGCCUCCAGCAAAAGAAGAACAUUUGCGGCCAGAUAUCUUGCCCGGUCCAAAAGCCUGGUGAUGGGGGAGCCAAGCCGGAGUCCCGGGCAGCCCCCGGGCCCACGCGGGUGCGGCCCCGUGCUGAAGGCAGGCUGGCUGAAGAAGCAGAGGAGCAUCAUGAGGAACUGGCAGCAGCGCUGGUUUGUGCUGCGCGGGGACCAGCUUUUCUACUACAAGGACAAAGACGAGGCCAAGCCCCAGGGACUUAUUUCUCUGCAAGGGACGCGGGUGGCCCAGCGUCUUCCUGGCCCUGAGGAAGUGGGGCAGCACCUCUUUGAGAUCAGCCCAGGUGGUGCCGGGGAGCGGGAGAAGGUGCCGGCCAGCCCCGAGGGGCUCCUGCUCAUGGCCAGUUCUCAGCGUGACAUGGAGGACUGGGUGCAGGCCAUCCGCCGGGUCAUCUGGGCCCCGUUUGGUGGAGGGAUCUUCGGGCAGCGCCUGGAGGACACAGUGCACCACGAGCGGAAGUAUGGCCCGCGCCUGGCGCCCCUGCUGGUGGAGCAGUGCGUGGACUUCAUCCGGGCGCGUGGGCUCAGCGAGGAGGGGCUCUUCCGCCUGCCCGGCCAGGCCAACCUGGUGCGGGACCUGCAGGACGCCUUUGACUGUGGGGAGAAGCCGCUGUUUGACAGCACAACAGAUGUGCACACGGUGGCCUCCCUGCUGAAGCUCUACCUGCGGGAGCUGCCCGAGCCCGUGGUCCCUUUCGCCAGGUACGAGGACUUCCUCAGCUGCGCCCAGCUGCUCACCAAGGACGAGGGGGAGGGGACUCUGGAGUUGGCUGAGCAAGUGAGCAGCCUUCCCCUGGCCAAUUACAACCUGCUCAGUUAUAUCUGCAAGUUUCUGGAUGAAGUUCAGUCCCACUCCAAUGUCAACAAGAUGAGCGUCCAGAACCUGGCAACCGUUUUUGGACCUAAUAUACUUCGGCCACAGAUAGAAGACCCAGUGACCAUCAUGGAAGGCACGUCUCUCGUCCAGCACCUGAUGACCGUCCUGAUCCGCAGGCACAGCCAGCUCUUCAGUGGGAGGGUCCCAGAGGGGCCGGCCGCGCCCCACGGGGGCCCACCCUGCACAGUGGGCUGGGGCUCGGAGGUGGUUCCAGAGGACAGCCAGGCAGAGCCCGGGGGCCCCCGCCCGCCCUCACUCAGGACCUCGUCUCUGGACGGGGCGGCCGUGGCCACGCUCUCCAGGAACGCUCCCCGCGGCCCUGGGAAGAGCCCGGAGGUGCCCACCGUCUCCUCCGGCGGGAACUGGCUCAUGAAUGGGCUGUCCUCCCUGCGUGGCCGCCGCCGGGCCUCCUCGGGCGACCGGCUCAAGGACAGCGCCUCGCAGAGACUCUCCACCUACGACAAUGUGCCGGCGCCCAGCCCCGGCCCCAGCGCGCCCAGCGUGUCCAGCUCGGCCUGGUCGGGGGCCUCCUCCUGCGAGGCCUCCCCGGGGGGCUCCGUCAGCAGCUGCACCGCCUGCCGGGCCAGCGACUCUGCCUGCAGCUCCCUGCACCCCGAGGGCACCCCCGAGCCCUCCUCCGUCCCCAGCAGCAGCGAGGAGCUCAGGUCCCCGAACCCGGGGCGCAGCCUGGAGGAGGCAGCCGUCCGCCUCAGCAGCAGUGAGCCCAGCGAGCCCGGCAGCCCCGCCCGGGACCCCACGCCCCACUCCACGGCUCUCCAGGGCCUGGUGGCGGAGCUGCGGGCGGAGCUGUGCCGGCAGAGGACCGAGCACGAGCUGAGUGUGAGAAGACUUGAAGACGGUACCGCCGACCUGAGGAAGCGAAUGUUGCGGCUGGAGGAGGAGCUGGACCAGGAGAAGAAGAAGUACACGAUGCUGCAGAUCAGGCUGCGGAACUCGGAGCGGGCGCGGGCGGACGCCGAGAGGAGGAACCAGCUGCUGCAGGAGGAAAUGGAGGAGUUUUUCUCCACCCUGGGCAGCCUGACUGUGGGGGCCAGAGGUGCCCCACAGUGAGGGAGCUCACUGCUCGCCUCCCUCCGCAGGGAGUGGGGGCUGUGAGGAGCCCCGAGCCCCUGCCUCAUGGACCUCGGCAGUGCCUGGUGCUCUGUAGCCAGCGGAGAGGGAGUGUCGCUUCGCGGCCAGGGAAGCCCGAGCCCCUCAUGCCAUCUGGCGGCUGCUGCUGUGACUGGCAGGUGCCAGAGACGACAGGCCCGUGGCCACCAAAACAGAUGGCGCCUGGGAUCCAAGUAGCGCCCCAGGGACACUGCCCUCUUUAUUAAAUUCGCUCUGCAAGUGGGA